GCGCGCACGCUCGCGCACCCGGGGAAACAGUCUGAGUCGCUGCGUCUCCGCCAUUCGGGAAAGGAGCCGCGCGCGCGCAGCAGGGGCUCGCGGACCCAGUCUGGGAAGCCGCCGCCGCUGCCGCUGCGUGGGCUCCGGUCCGCGAGGAACGGACUGUCCCGGUCCCACCCCCCUGGCCCGGCUCUCCCCGCACACCACGUGCCCGCCGCUCCCCCUCCCCCCUCUGCCCUGCACGGUCAAUUCCUCAACAUUCAUGUUUGCUUCUCUAUGCAAGGGGAAAGCCAGCUUAACUGUGGCUUAGCUAAAAAGCCAUGUAGGAUAUCUGGUCUUUGAAUACUAGUUUUGAAGCAUCUGCAAUAUUGACGUGAUUUCAGAGGACCUGUGCAAGUUCUAACAGAUUUUUUAAAAAUGGAAGUAUUCCCAGAACUUCGUAAACAACCAGAACGUUUGGAAUGUGAUCACUGCAGUUUCAAAGGCACAGAUUAUGAAAAUGUACAGAUCCAUAUGGGUACCAUCCAUCCAGAGUAUUGUGAUGAAAUGGAUGCUGGUGGGUUAGGUAAAAUGAUAUUUUACCAGAAAACUGCAAAGUUGUUUCACUGCCAUAAAUGUUUUUUUACCAGCAAAAUGUACUGCAAUGUGUACUAUCACAUUACAUCCCAACAUUCAGUAAAAGAUAAGUGGGACGAUAAACAGAAAAAACAGUUGGAUAAGGAGACAGAAGCCGUGAAAACCCCUCUCUUCCCUGAGUCCCAGAAAAUGUCUAAUUCAUCUGAAAUUCAGAAAUCCAUGCCUGUUUUUUCAACAGAGUCACAGAAAUCUACUCUUAUUCAAUCAUCAGAAUCAUCUCACACUACUCCUGCUAGUUCUCCAGAGCUCCAGAAACCUACUUCUGGAGAGUCACAGAAACUUUCUGUUGGCUCUGACCUUCAAAAACCUGUCCUUUCUGAGUCUCAGAAAUCUUCUCCUGUUCCUUCUCCAGAAUCCCCGGAACUUCUCCCUUCUUUGGAACUACAGAAACUUACUUCUAUGUCUCCCGAGCCACAGAAGUCUCCUGUUGCUAAUCCCUUGGCCCAGAAGCUCUCUCAUUUUACAGAGACAUUGAGAACUCCUUUGUCAACUUCUCCUGAACCACAAGAACCAGUUCUAGCUUCUUCUCCUGAGCCUUGGGGAUCAUCUCCAAGUUCAUCUCCUGAAUCCCAGAAACCAGCUCUGACUGAAUCUCCUGAACCUAGAAGGCCAUCACCCGCUGUUUCUCCCGAGUCUUGGAAACCAUCACCUGCUGUGUCCCCUGAACCAAGAAGGCCAGCUCCAGCAGUAUCGCCAGGUCCUUGGAAACCUGUGGUAUCUACAUCUCCUAGACCUUGGAAACCUCCUCCUUCUGCAUCACCUGGACCAUGGAAGUCUGCUAAUAAGCCUGCUCCUUCUGUGUCUCCUGGACCUUGGAAACCUUUACCUCUGUCAUCUGGACCUUGGAAGCCGAGUCCACCUAUGUCACCUGGAUCCUGGAAGCCUUUACCUGUAUCACCUAGUUCAUGGAAAUCUACCACGUCUGAGGCAUGGAAGCCUGGACCCCCAGAACUUCGAAAGACAUCUCCUAUGUCACCUGAACUCUGGAAACCAGGUCCUUCUUCCCCAGAGACUCGCAAAACUGGUCCUCCAUUGUCCCCUGAGCCUCGUAAACUAAGUCCCUCAUCCCCAGAAGCUCGUAAACCAGCUUCUUCAUCCCCUGAGGCCCGGAAGAUUGGUCCCUCAUUAUCCCCAGAGGCCCGGAAGGCAGGCCCUCCCCUGUCACCUGAACUCCGUUUGCCAGGUCCCCCAUUGUCUCCUGAAUCCCGUAAAUCAGGUCCUCCAUUGUCCCCUGAACUUCGUAAAAUAAGUCCCUCAUUGUCCCCUGAAGCUCGAAAAACAGGUGCCCCUUUAUCACCUGAGCUCCGAAAAUCAGGUCCCCCACUGUCCCCUGAAAUUCGUAAGGCAGUUCCUCCAUUGUCCCCUGACCUUCGUAAGUCAGGACUUCCAGUAUUAUCUGAGCUCCGGAAGUCAGGUCCUCCAUUGUCCCCUGAGCUCCGAAAAUCAGGCCCUUCAAUGUCUCCUGACCACCAAAAGUCUUCAGUAUCACCAGAACUCUGGAAGGUUUCUUCUGAUCAGUGGAAACCUUCUAUUUCUGGAGAGUCUUGGAAACCUACUUCUAAUGAUUUUACUGAAUCCCAGAAGACUGUAACUCCUGGGUCUCCAGAUGUCUGGAAGUCUUCCUUUUUUCUUGAACCUCAGAAACCUGUCUUCCCUGAAUCCCGGAAACCUGGUUCAUCUGAAUCUCUUAAAUUGGCUUCAGAGACCCGAAAACCUACUAUUUCUGGUGAUGUUGACCCCCGAAAAUCUGCCCUUUUCUCUGAGUCCCCCAAAAGCAUAUCUUCUGAGUCGCGGAAACGGGCUCUCUUCCCAGAAUCAAGGAAACAUACCCCUUUUCCUGAGCUUCACAAAUCUGUUGCUCUUUACCCUGAAUCUCAGAAGUUAGUUGAGUCUAGUGAGUAUGAUGAAACCAUGGAAGAUGAAAAAGAUGAUAUUUUGACUCAGGAAGAUGCAUUAUAUUCUUGUCAAAAGAAGUUCAAGAAAGAUAACCCAGACAACUCUGACACAGAACUUAGUAGUAGUGAAUGUGGAAAAGCAGAUUUAGAUUUCCUAGAUCUAAAAGGCCAGGAAUCCAACAGUGAUCAAGAGCAAGUUGAUGUGGAAUCAGUUGAUUUCACUAAGGAAAAAAUGGAUGCUACUGAUCAGCCAAAAAGCAUCCUGCAGUUUACAGAUGAGAAGGAGGCUUUUAUCUCUGAAGAGGAAAUAGCAAAAUAUAUGAAGCGAGGAAAAGGAAAAUAUUUUUGCAAGAUUUGUUGCUGUCGUGCUAUGAAAAAAGGUGCUGUUUUGCAUCAUUUAGUUAACAAGCAUAAUGUUCAUAGCCCAUAUAAAUGCACAAUAUGUGGAAAGGCUUUUCUUUUGGAAUCUCUUCUUAAAAAUCAUGUUGCAGCUCAUGGGCAAAGUUUACUUAAGUGUCCCCGUUGUAAUUUUGAAUCAAAUUUCCCAAGAGGCUUUAAGAAACAUUUAACUCAUUGUCAAAACCGCCACAAUGAAGAAGCUAAUAAGAAGCUUAUGGAAACUAUUGAGCCUCCUCCCCCUCCCCCACCACCACCUCCCCCUCCAUCACCUCCACCUCCCCCUCCACCUGAAGAGCAAACCUAAUUUUGAAAAUUAUGUAUUAUAUACUUCAAAAAUUUGUCUAUUAAGAAUAACCCUUGAAAGUGUUGCUCUUUUAGCCAGUUACGUAGUUUAGUUUGAAUAAGUAGAAGUAAAGAGUUGAAAAGGUUGUAUGAUGUUUAGUUUGUGUCAAUAGUAGUAUAGAAAAGAAACUUUUCAGGAUUUUUAGAGUAUCUGUUCAUGUGCCUAUCUUACAAUUCAAUAAAUUCAUACUGGAUAUUCCAGAUGGGUUGAAUUUCUUCUCUGUGUAUAAUACAUCUUGAAAGGUAAUAUACAUUCCAUUUAAUUAUAACUUUUACAUAUAUUCUUAGAUAUGCAGUGAAAUUUAUCUUUUUUUGUGAAACUAAGUUCAAAUUGAGAGGCAACAUACUAUGAGUGAGUAGAGAGUUGGCCUUGGAGUCAGGAAGAUGUUCGAGUCCCAUGUCUUUACACAUUCUGGUAUUGUGAUCCUGGGCAAGUCAUAGCAGCCUCCCAAUGCCUCCAGGCAACAAUGAGACUUAAUUGUAGAACACUUGUUUUGUAGAGCUGCUCUGGUAGAGCUAAGUAUCUUUGCCUCAUAAAAUCACAAGUCUGGACCAAAAAAAUAAUCCUUUAAAAAAUUUAGGCGGCUUGAUAAUGACAGUGUUUAUGAAUUAUGAUUCAUAAUAAUGAGUUAUUAGGGGAAAAUGCCCCAGCUAUCUUUUUUCCUUCAAAAGCAGUUUUAUUUCUUAAGUCAUUUGGAAUAUCUUUUUUGUUUAAUUGUUUUUUUCACAGAUCUAAGUCAUUUUGAAAUUUGGGAAUUUAAUAAUGCAGAAGGUAAAUUGGCAUUAUUUGUACAUCUUGAACCAUUUCUAAAGUACUGAUUAGAUUUUUUUCUUUUAUAUGUUUUGGAAAAUUUUUUAAUUUUUAUUGAUAUAUUAGAAAUAGAAGUCUAUAAAGGAGCAACAGCAGUGUAAAAUAUUAUAUAUCAAAUUCCUCCAUUAGAAUGUAAGCUCUUUGUGAGCAGGAAUUUUUUUACUUUUGUCUUUGUAUCCUUAUUGCCUUGCACAUAGGCGCUUAAUAAAUGCUUGUUGGAUUGGAUUGGAAA